GGGUUGUGUUUCCUAUCAGAUUUAGCCACUGAUUAAUUAGGGUUGUGUUUCCUAACAGAUUUAGCCACUGAUUAAUUAGGGUUGUGUUUCCUAACAGAUUUAGCCACUGAUUAUAGAGGGUUGUGUUUCCUAACAGAUUUAGCCACUGAUUAUAGAGGGUUGUGUUUCCUAUCAGAUUUAGCCACUGAUUAAUUAGGGUUGUGUUUCCUAACAGAUUUAGCCACUGAUUAAUUAGGGUUGUGUUUCCUAACAGAUUUAGCCACUGAUUAAUUAGGGUUGUGUUUCCUAACAGAUUUAGCCACUGAUUAAUUAGGGUUGUGUUUCCUAACAGAUUUAGCCACUGAUUAUAGAGGGUUGUGUUUCCUAACAGAUUUAGCCAUUGAUUAAUUAGGGUUGUGUUUCCUAACAGAUUUAGCCACUGAUUAAUUAGGGUUGUGUUUCCUAACAGAUUUAGCCACUGAUUAUAGAGGGUUGUGUUUCCUAACAGAUUUAGCCAUUGAUUAAUUAGGGUUGUGUUUCCUAACAGAUUUAGCCACUGAUUAAUUAGGGUUGUGUUUCCUAACAGAUUUAGCCACUGAUUAUAGAGGGUUGUGUUUCCUGACAGAUUUAGCCACUGAUUAUAGAGGGUUGUGUUUCCUAACAGAUUUAGCCACUGAUUAAUUAGGGUUGUGUUUCCUGACAGAUUUAGCCACUGAUUAUAGAGGGUUGUGUUUCCUGACAGAUUUAGCCACUGAUUAAUUAGGGUUGUGUUUCCUGACAGAUUUAGCCACUGAUUAAUUAGGGUUGUGUUUCCUAACAGAUUUAGCCACUGAUUAUAGAGGGUUGUGUUUCCUGACAGAUUUAGCCACUGAUUAUAGAGGGUUGUGUUUCCUGACAGAUUUAGCCACUGAUUAUAGAGGGUUGUGUUUCCUAACAGAUUUAGCCACUGAUUAUAGAGGGUUGUGUUUCCUAACAGAUUUAGCCACUGAUUAUAGAGGGUUGUGUUUCCUAACAGAUUUAGCCACUGAUUAAUUAGGGUUGUGUUUCCUGACAGAUUUAGCCACUGAUUAAUUAGGGUUGUGUUUCCUAACAGAUUUAGCCACUGAUUAUAGAGGGUUGUGUUUCCUAACAGAUUUAGCCACUGAUUAAUUAGGGUUGUGUUUCCUGACAGAUUUAGCCACUGAUUAAUUAGGGUUGUGUUUCCUGACAGAUUUAGCCACUGAUUAUAGAGGGUUGUGUUUCCUAACAGAUUUAGCCACUGAUUAAUUAGGGUUGUGUUUCCUAACAGAUUUAGCCACUGAUUAAUUAGGGUUGUGUUUCCUAACAGAUUUAGCCACUGAUUAAUUAGGGUUGUGUUUCCUAACAGAUUUAGCCACUGAUUAAUUAGGGUUGUGUUUCCUAACAGAUUUAGCCACUGAUUAUAGAGGGUUGUGUUUCCUAACAGAUUUAGCCAUUGAUUAAUUAGGGUUGUGUUUCCUAACAGAUUUAGCCACUGAUUAAUUAGGGUUGUGUUUCCUAACAGAUUUAGCCACUGAUUAUAGAGGGUUGUGUUUCCUAACAGAUUUAGCCAUUGAUUAAUUAGGGUUGUGUUUCCUAACAGAUUUAGCCACUGAUUAAUUAGGGUUGUGUUUCCUAACAGAUUUAGCCACUGAUUAUAGAGGGUUGUGUUUCCUGACAGAUUUAGCCACUGAUUAUAGAGGGUUGUGUUUCCUAACAGAUUUAGCCACUGAUUAAUUAGGGUUGUGUUUCCUGACAGAUUUAGCCACUGAUUAUAGAGGGUUGUGUUUCCUGACAGAUUUAGCCACUGAUUAAUUAGGGUUGUGUUUCCUGACAGAUUUAGCCACUGAUUAAUUAGGGUUGUGUUUCCUAACAGAUUUAGCCACUGAUUAUAGAGGGUUGUGUUUCCUGACAGAUUUAGCCACUGAUUAUAGAGGGUUGUGUUUCCUGACAGAUUUAGCCACUGAUUAUAGAGGGUUGUGUUUCCUAACAGAUUUAGCCACUGAUUAUAGAGGGUUGUGUUUCCUAACAGAUUUAGCCACUGAUUAUAGAGGGUUGUGUUUCCUAACAGAUUUAGCCACUGAUUAAUUAGGGUUGUGUUUCCUGACAGAUUUAGCCACUGAUUAAUUAGGGUUGUGUUUCCUAACAGAUUUAGCCACUGAUUAUAGAGGGUUGUGUUUCCUAACAGAUUUAGCCACUGAUUAAUUAGGGUUGUGUUUCCUGACAGAUUUAGCCACUGAUUAAUUAGGGUUGUGUUUCCUGACAGAUUUAGCCACUGAUUAUAGAGGGUUGUGUUUCCUAACAGAUUUAGCCACUGAUUAAUUAGGGUUGUGUUUCCUAUCAGAUUUAGCCACUGAUUAUAGAGGGUUGUGUUUCCUAACAGAUUUAGCCACUGAUUAAUUAGGGUUGUGUUUCCUAACAGAUUUAGCCACUGAUUAUAGAGGGUUGUGUUUCCUAACAGAUUUAGCCAUUGAUUAAUUAGGGUUGUGUUUCCUAACAGAUUUAGCCACUGAUUAAUUAGGGUUGUGUUUCCUAACAGAUUUAGCCACUGAUUAUAGAGGGUUGUGUUUCCUGACAGAUUUAGCCACUGAUUAUAGAGGGUUGUGUUUCCUAACAGAUUUAGCCACUGAUUAAUUAGGGUUGUGUUUCCUGACAGAUUUAGCCACUGAUUAUAGAGGGUUGUGUUUCCUGACAGAUUUAGCCACUGAUUAAUUAGGGUUGUGUUUCCUGACAGAUUUAGCCACUGAUUAAUUAGGGUUGUGUUUCCUAACAGAUUUAGCCACUGAUUAUAGAGGGUUGUGUUUCCUGACAUAUUUAGCCACUGAUUAUAGAGGGUUGUGUUUCCUGACAGAUUUAGCCACUGAUUAUAGAGGGUUGUGUUUCCUAACAGAUUUAGCCACUGAUUAAUUAGGGUUGUGUUUCCUAACAGAUUUAGCCACUGAUUAUAGAGGGUUGUGUUUCCUAACAGAUUUAGCCACUGAUUAAUUAGGGUUGUGUUUCCUGACAGAUUUAGCCACUGAUUAAUUAGGGUUGUGUUUCCUAACAGAUUUAGCCACUGAUUAUAGAGGGUUGUGUUUCCUAACAGAUUUAGCCACUGAUUAAUUAGGGUUGUGUUUCCUAACAGAUUUAGCCACUGAUUAAUUAGGGUUGUGUUUCCUGACAGAUUUAGCCACUGAUUAUAGAGGGUUGUGUUUCCUAACAGAUUUAGCCACUGAUUAAUUAGGGUUGUGUUUCCUAUCAGAUUUAGCCACUGAUUAUAGAGGGUUGUGUUUCCUAACAGAUUUAGCCACUGAUUAAUUAGGGUUGUGUUUCCUAACAGAUUUAGCCACUGAUUAUAGAGGGUUGUGUUUCCUAACAGAUUUAGCCAUUGAUUAAUUAGGGUUGUGUUUCCUAACAGAUUUAGCCACUGAUUAAUUAGGGUUGUGUUUCCUAACAGAUUUAGCCACUGAUUAUAGAGGGUUGUGUUUCCUGACAGAUUUAGCCACUGAUUAUAGAGGGUUGUGUUUCCUAACAGAUUUAGCCACUGAUUAAUUAGGGUUGUGUUUCCUGACAGAUUUAGCCACUGAUUAUAGAGGGUUGUGUUUCCUGACAGAUUUAGCCACUGAUUAAUUAGGGUUGUGUUUCCUGACAGAUUUAGCCACUGAUUAAUUAGGGUUGUGUUUCCUAACAGAUUUAGCCACUGAUUAUAGAGGGUUGUGUUUCCUGACAGAUUUAGCCACUGAUUAUAGAGGGUUGUGUUUCCUGACAGAUUUAGCCACUGAUUAUAGAGGGUUGUGUUUCCUAACAGAUUUAGCCACUGAUUAAUUAGGGUUGUGUUUCCUAACAGAUUUAGCCACUGAUUAUAGAGGGUUGUGUUUCCUAACAGAUUUAGCCACUGAUUAAUUAGGGUUGUGUUUCCUGACAGAUUUAGCCACUGAUUAAUUAGGGUUGUGUUUCCUAACAGAUUUAGCCACUGAUUAUAGAGGGUUGUGUUUCCUAACAGAUUUAGCCACUGAUUAAUUAGGGUUGUGUUUCCUAACAGAUUUAGCCACUGAUUAAUUAGGGUUGUGUUUCCUGACAGAUUUAGCCACUGAUUAUAGAGGGUUGUGUUUCCUAACAGAUUUAGCCACUGAUUAAUUAGGGUUGUGUUUCCUAUCAGAUUUAGCCACUGAUUAUAGAGGGUUGUGUUUCCUAACAGAUUUAGCCACUGAUUAAUUAGGGUUGUGUUUCCUAACAGAUUUAGCCACUGAUUAUAGAGGGUUGUGUUUCCUAACAGAUUUAGCCACUGAUUAAUUAGGGUUGUGUUUCCUAACAGAAGAUAGAGGUGAUUGAUGAUGAUGAUGAUGGUGUUGAGAUGGUCGGAUCUGAUAUGGAUAACAUGCAUAAUCUCCUGGAGUUUAAGCUUGAGGAGGUGCAGUAUCUGGAGAGCCAACUAGAGAAUCAGAAUCAGAGAUAUUAUGAGUUGGAGACCUUCACCAAGAGUCUUCUGACCGCUGUACGGACCAACAACCUGGACAGACAACAGGAGCUCCUAGCCAGUCUACCUCAGCCUGCAGAUCAGGACUGGGACAUGAGUCCAGAGGGAGGAGCCAACUCCAUCUCCAUAACAACACACUCUGCAGACAAUCACGAUUCCGACGAGACACCAUUGGUCAACCCCAACAAGGACCUCCCAUUGGUCACUCUAAACGAAGACGGUUCAUUGAUUGCUGAGCUCAACGAGUCGUCUGUAUCAGAGGAUCUAGAGACUGAGACCGGACCAGAGUGACUGUACUGACACACACAAACAGUCCCUGUGCCUGUGGAAGGAUCCUCAACUAGCUGUGCUGGGCUCACAAUGCCUUUUAUAUUACUGGUCUAGUUUCAGACACAACAAUAAACAGACUCCAUAAU